ACAGGACUCGGAGGGACGAGGUUCCAGUCCAUGUUAAUACGACACAUUAUACCCUGUGCAACCUCAAAGCCCUCUGAAGCCAAGAAAAUUCGUUUUCAUGUUUGAUAACAAAAUUUACCCGUUGAUCGCCUCCGCCUCUUGUGCACCGAUUGGCCCCCGAAACCGCUGUCUCCUUCCCUACGAGUAAGGGUUCUUCCACGGGUGGAUAUCGGGAAACAGCUAUACAAGCAACCCUCCUAAGCAGGCCAUGGGAAAUUCCCGUGAGCCAUGGCUCUCAGGUCAAAUGUCCUUGCGAAACCAGCACUCGGCAGUGUUGGGAGACGACAAAAACCCAACACCGCAAUCCCUUUCAGCGAGAUGCGAUGUAGCUGAUUGGGCACCGGUCAAGGUCCGGGGCAGAGUACCGGUAGGCAGAUUACGGGUAGAGAGAGGUGUCUACCAUCCAGAAUGCAAGUGGGCGAUGGGACGGUUGUCGGUUUUCCGAAAGGGAUUUCUCCGGGCCGUGGAGAAUGAAGAUUAUCGUUCCUGACCCCGGCAUGAUAAAUUUACUCCAUCAUCCGAAUCCAACCUCAACACCAGGAAGUGAGGUAUCACCUUUCCCAGUUGAGCAGUGGUCCGGGCGGAACAGCUUUAACCAAAAGUACCAUCUCCAAUAUAGACUACCGGUAACCAACAGCGACCGCACUUCACUGGGGGUCGAACAUGAUAUCAUAACUUUGCUGCGAAAAAGGAAAACACCCACACAAAAUCAGCUACAACAAAGAGGGCCUGGGAAUAUACCGGUAGUGCGAAAGACUCUAGGAGUGGACCUUGAGCGGAGAAACCAAAGGUUCAAGCCCGGCUUUACAUUAAACCGUUAGAGCCUCUCUCGGCUAGGGCCAAUAGCCGAUUGAAAGAUUUGUGUACCGUACCCAAGCACAGAGUUUACCCACUCACCCUCUCAGGAUUCUUGAACCACGGAGACAUUGAGAGGGGCUCCGGAUGUGGGGUAAAACGAGCUUCUGAACCAACCGGAUUGCUAGGAUUUGGCUCUGGAUGCGAAAUCGCAAAGCCCAUAGACUUAAUCCGAGAAAAGCAAAAGGAAAAUCCCGGAAACUCGGCCGCCAUCCGACAAGCCCCAGACGAAUAGAUCGGCGUUCCUGAAACUACGUCACGACCGCGCACGUCCCGUCACCUCUAUUUGUUUCACCUUCCUGUGUCCCGGUAAAAGAGUCGAUUCAGUCGAAUAAUCGGGGAUCAGAAAAAAAAAAUUUAAUACCCAAAUGAACCCUACCGCAUAACACAGCACGGCAAACACCAAGGUCAACCUUUUCCCCGAGAGAGGAUACUUCCAAGGAAGCGGAAAACGAAAGUUUUAGUGCUCUCGUCGGUCGGUUGUCGAAUUCAAUCCCACUUCCCAUCUCCCUCUUCCCCUUCGCCCCACCCUCCGCUUCACCACUCGCCUGCCUGCCUGCCCACCAAACUACCCACUUACGCCAAUUACCGGCCAAUCCAAUUUGAUCCCCUCCUUCCCUUCCUUCCUCCACGCACCAUCGCACACAUCGAAUAAAAUAGAUAAAAAAAAUCUCCACUCAAUUCUUUUUUUCCCCUCUGUUUACAAAUGGCAUUUACAUCAUUCCUUCGCUUGGCUGCAAGACAGCCCCUCCUAAGGACGUCGGCUACCCUGCCCAGGCUCGUUGCGGUGGUGCCGAGGGUUCAGGCCAAGACUUCUCUGAGGUUUUACAGCGAGGGACAUGAGGAGAGUUUUGAGGAGUUUACUGCUAGGUUGGUUUAUGCUCUUCCCCUCCCCCACCACCACCUCUUCUAUUCCCACUAUAUCUACCGCGUCCAUUGAUUUCGUUGCUUGGGUGGAUGGAUACGAUGAAUUGGAUUGUCACUUGUUUGUUUGUUUUGCUAUUCGGUUUCGAUGCGAAGUUUUCUGGUGGUGAGUUUGAGGUCUGACAUCAGACAACGGGUUGGUGGAUGGGGGGGUCGCUGUUCGGUGAGGUGGGGGUGGUAUGGUGCGGCGGAGGAAACGGAGGGACGGACCAUGCAGAUGACGAUCCCAAAAGCGUACUGACGUAUUCUUUCCCAGGUACGAAAAGGAAUUCGAGAACGUCAAUGACGUCUUCGAGCUUCAGGUAUAACAAAACCAUCAUCCAUCCAUCCAUCCCCCUCUUGCACAGGGUAGCACCCGAUAUCUCUACCAUCACAAAUGAAUAACCAACGGACCCCAGCGCAACCUAAACAAUGCCUUUGCCUAUGACCUUGUACCGUCCCCCUCCGUCAUCGUCGCUGCGCUCAAGGCCGCCAGAAGGGUCAACGACUUCCCCACCGCCGUGAGAAUCUUCGAGGGCAGGCUUCCCCCUACCCAUCCAACCCCAGCUCGCCAGCGCUAACGAUCGAGCACAGGCAUCAAAGCCAAAGUUGAAAACAAGCAACAAUACCAACAAUACCUCGACGAGCUCAAGGAUCUCCGAGAGGAACUCGGCGUCGCGCUCGUUGAGGAUCUAUACCCGGAGAAUAAAUAAACAUUAAGGUUUCCUCAAUUGGAGGUUCCCCACACACACACAGAGAGAGAGAGAGAGAUAAUAUCUUUUUUUAUUUUUUUUUGCUUUUACUUCUGCUUUUUCGAUAAACAGAGAUACUGAAUAAAGGAAAAGG